GGAAUAAUUAGGGUUGUGCAGGUACAAUAGCGCGCUCGGAGGAACUGGUAUGGUCUAACAGUGGCAAGUAGCAACGCCCAAACUAACCCUAGUUCUCCCUCAUCAUCGAUCCGCCUUCAUCCUCAUUCCAUUCCUCUUCAUUGCCCAUCGCUCUGCACUGUUUCCCAGCCCUCUUGUCCGUGUCUGGUGUCGCUCACUCUCCACUCCGUUUUCAAGCGCACUCACUCACCUUAUUGAACGAUUGAACGCAUAUGACUCUGUCACUGAACACUGUAUAACGCUGAGGCCACUUUUAAUACCACCUCCUGCUCCCAGCUUAACCCUCAGCACCGCUCCCUCCCUCUCCAAUGGCUAGUACACCCGCCAUUUCCUCACCACCAUUCUCAGACCCAGUCAGCUCUACCACAGGAAUUGAACUGACUCUGCGGAACCUCUCGCUCUCUGUCAUCCCUCCGCCUUCCCUCCUCACCCGUCUCGCCCGCAAGUUACACCUAACCUCCAAUCCUGACAAAAGUUCUAGCAAAGAUCAAAGUACCAGCCCCAACCUUGACGAUGAGGAUGCGCCGGCGUCUGGUAGUCCUGGCGCAAGGACCGACCGAGAUCUGAGGAAUGUUGGCAUUAAUAUCUUUCGCGAUGUUGACCUUAUCGUCAAACCAGGGCAAGUGUGCAUUAUCCUUGGUGGGUCUGGCUCUGGCAAGACUACGCUUCUGAACACUAUUGCGGGACGUAUGAAUGGCCCCGAGGUCACUAUGUCCGGCAGCAUAAAAUGCAACGGCACCAAGGCCAAGAAGUUUUGGAACGAUGGCAGCGUUGGUUAUCUUCAACAGAACGAUUUUUUGAUGCCGUUCUUAACUGUCCGCGAGACCCUCAACUAUGCCGCACAUCUGCGACUCCCAAGAAGCAUGUCCAGCCAAAAGAAGCGCGAACUCGUCGAGCUCGUUCUGCUAGAGUUGGGGUUGAAAGAGUGUGCCGACACGAGGGUCGGUGAUGCAGGCGGAGGAGAGAGCGGUAGCGGAGGCAUCCGUGGAAUCAGUGGAGGAGAGCGUCGCCGAGUGUCCGCUGGCGUGCAGCUGCUGACUGAUCCAAAGAUGCUCCUCUGCGAUGAAGUGACCUCUGGACUUGAUGCCUUCUCAUCGUAUGAGGUCAUGAAAUCGCUCACCAAACUGGCACAGUCCUCUCAAAAGACCAUCGUCAUCUCAAUCCAUCAGCCCCGGUCCGAAAUCUUCAAACUGUUAUCAGAGGCCGAUGGCCAGAUGGUCCUGCUUUCUAGGGGUGAUGUCAUUUACAGCGGACCUGUCCGUUCUGUCUUGCCCUGGAUUGAGUCCACUAGUGUUGGUGCCUGUCCAACCGGUGUCAACCCCUUCGAUUACUUGCUUGAUUUGAGUAUGGUAGACUUUGCCAGUGAGGCCAUUGAAAAGAGUACAGCCGUCCGACGGGAUCUACUCGUACAGGCGUGGGCCCAGCGGGACAAAGGAUCGGCUCAUGCCAAUCCCAUCUCCGGCCCUUCCAUGCUGGCAAGCAGCGGUGGUGAGCCCUCAACGCUACCAGGACACACCUCAUCCUUUGUAUCAUUAUCUGUCGCCAUCCCGAAGGGCGCAGGCCCAAGCCUGUGGAGUCAAAUCCGUGUGCUCACUUCGCGAGGCUGGCGCAACCAGAUACGCGACAGCCUAGUGAUCUGGGGCUGUAUUGGCGAGUGUAUUGUAAUCGGUCUCGCUGUUGGAGCCAUCUUUUACCAGCUAGAUGACUCCCCGGCUGGAAUCCGCUCACGCUCCAGUUUAGUUUAUUCUGUGGGCGCUAUCCAGGCAUACUUGAUGUUAAUGAUCCUGAUCUAUCGUCUUUCCCAAGAGAUUGUGGUCUAUGAUCGAGAGCGGAUGGACCGCUGGUAUGGACCGUUGCCCCAUCUCAUCAGCACAUGUCUCUACGCAGCUCCACCCAAUAUCCUUUACCCAGUUGUAUUCUCGGCUAUUGUGUAUUACAUGACGGGACUUCGAACGGAUUCUGUUCAGCAUUUUGGAUGGUGGCUUCUCGUGAAUGUCUUGAUGCAGUUUAUCACGUUUACGUUUGCUGUGAUGUGCUCUUCGCUGGUCAGAGGAUUCUCAUCCGCGUCUCUAUUCGGAAACGCCAUUUUCGCGUUUUUUGGACUUUCGACCGGGUUUUUCAUUGUGACCAGCUCCAUCCCUGUCUGGCUACGUUGGAUCAAAUAUCUGGCAUAUCCCAACCUCUGCUACAGCAUCCUGGCCAGUAACGAAUUCACCGAUAACCGCUUUGGUUGCCCUUAUGCUGGUGCGGAUGGCGCCUGGGACCCCGUCAGGUGCGCGCCAUGGGACGGAAACGCAAUUUUGACCGAGCAGCUGGACAUCAAGACGCAUUACUAUCCAGAACCAAUUGCCAAACUGCUCUGCUACUUUUUUGGUUUCCUCGUACUGGCCUGGCUGGCGCUGACAAUCAACGUUGUAAACCCCACAAGUAUGGGGACGGGCCCUACCCUGCUGGACUUGUUCAUCAACCAGGCCGCAAAGAUGUUUUCGCGCAAGAAGCCCCUUGCUGUUCCUGGACCCGAGACCGGUUCGAUCGCAUCCUCUGAUGCUAGCAUCGACCUUGACAAGGCCAGGUUGGGAGAGACUCGCCUUGAUGUGUUUUCCAAAGGUCUUGAGCGUAAGGAUCCUGUCACGAUCAGAGUCGAGGGACUUUGCCUCUCUGUUUCACUGUCCAAGUUCGAGUGGAGUUUCGCGGGUAUGCUCAAAGGCCUUCGAUGGGAAAAGACUGAGAAGCAGCUGCUGAAAGAUGUCGAUGUCGUCUUUCCUGCUGGCGAACUGACGGCUAUCCUCGGCGGAAGUGGUGCCGGCAAGACAAGUCUUCUCAACACCUUGUUGCAUCGAACAUCUUCCAACUUGAAGAUAAAGGGCUCCAUUUUCUACAACGACACCAGAAACCCUUCGUUGAGAAUGAUCAAUGGCGUCAGCUCCUACGUUCGCCAGGACGACAACUUUCUGCUUUCCCAUUUGACUGUGCGCGAAACCCUUCAAUAUGCCGCCGAACUUCGAAUGGACAGCUCCAUGUCCAAAGCGGAUAAAUACGCCAAAGUCGAAGAUAUCAUUGAACUUCUUGGGCUCAGAGAGUGUGCCGAUGUCAUUGUUGGCAGCUCCGCCGUGAAGGGAUGCUCCGGGGGUCAGCGCCGUCGUGUAUCCAUUGGUAUUCAACUCGUGACUGAACCUGCGUGCUUGUUCUUGGACGAGCCGACCAGUGGUCUUGAUGCAUUAACAGCCAAGGCUGUAGUUCUGACUCUGAAGCAGAUCGCAGCCAGCGGAAGAACAGUUGUCUGCACCAUUCAUCAGCCGCGUGCGGAUAUCUGGCAUGUUUUUGACAACGUUGUUCUGCUCGUGACCGGUGGAUGCGCCGCUUACUCUGGACGUGCCGAUAGGGUCGUCGAGUACUUUGAGGAUGCAGGGCAUGUAGCCCCGAUGUUCACUAAUGUUCCAGAUUUCAUCUUGGACACAGCAUCUGUAAAUCUGCGAUCGCUCGAGUUGGAGGAGAAGACCAGAAGGAUUGUUGACGCUCUAGUGAAUCGAUUCAAUGCGAACAAGCAUGUGAUGCUUGCUUCCCAGCUCUCGAAAGAGUCGCUGGGUGAGCUGGCUAAGAUCAACCCCCAGUUUGCGUCGUUCGGCAAGGCGUUCCCAAUUCUGACCCACAGAUCCUUUGUCAACACAUUCCGGCAAAAAGGCCUGUACUUUAAUCGAAUCUGCCAGCCAGUCAUCGUCGCUAUUAUCAUGACCAUCUUUUUCGCUCCCCUUGGCAAUGGCCCAGCCGAUGUAACGAGCCGUUUUGGAUUGUUGCAGCAAACAUCGCCUAUCGUGUUUUCGGGCAUGCUCAACAACGUGGCUAUAUACCCGUUUGAGCGUGACAUUGCGUAUCGGGAGAUUUCUGACGGUGGAUACAGUGCCACAUCCUUCUUCUUCUCUUUUCUGGUGAACGAGGUUCCCCUGGAGAUCCUUGGGUCCUUGGGAGUGACCGUCUUCAUGUUAGUGAUCACUCAGAUGAAGACUACUGUCUUGACCUUCUUUACGUUCUGGGUUGUCAUGUUUGGAUACAUCAACGCUGGUGAGAGUAUCGGAUCGGCCUUUUCGACCUUUGCCACCCAUGCUGGAUUCAACAUUACAGUCAUGAGUGCAGUGAUCAGUGUCUUCUCGUUCAUGACAGGAUUUAUGUCGCUCAACAUCCCAAAGUGGUUGAGUGCCAUUAACCAUGUGUCGCUGUUCAAAUACGGAUCCUUGGUCAUGACUCGGAACGAAUUUGACGGCAUUACGUUUGACUGCUCGGCGGAGCAGAUCAGUGGCGGUGCAUGCCCUUACCCCACAGGUGAAUCGGUGCUCGAGCUACUCCAGUUCCAGGACAAGAAUUGGGAUCUGUACAUGGGCCUUUUCAUCAUGGUCGUAGUGGUUUAUCGUCUGCUCGCCUGGCUGGCCCUUGUAGCCAAGGUCAAGGGCCACAGGUGGUAAGGUCUUCUCAUAUAAAAGAAAAAACGCGGUUACAUAGAAUUUAUUCCAGUAAUAACAAAUCCAAAAAUAUAAAAAUAACAGGUGCAG